GACCACCUUCGGAACGACGUCACAUUGUGCCCGAAAAAUUGCAAUACACCAAAGAGAUUACCAUCAAACAGGGUCGCCUUAUGGGCAUUAGACGUAAUUUUCAUCCCUCUGCGGGCAUACGUGAUGUUGAUCAAUAUCUGGGUAUACCGUAUGCAGAAGCUCCAGUGGGUAGCCGUCGUUUUAUGCCACCAGGUACCCCAUUGCCAUGGCAAGGCUUAAAAAUGGCCCAUCACAUGCCGCCAGUGUGCCCGCAAAAAUUACCGGAUAUGUCUCCUCAAGGCACAGCGAAAAUGUCCAAAAGUCGUUAUCGUCACCUGACACGUUUGUUGCCCUAUCUGAAAACGGAAAGUGAAGACUGUUUGUAUUUGAAUGUCUAUGUUCCAAAUACAAAUGGCGAUGGUGAUGAUGUUGCUGGUCGGAGCCCAACUGCCAGUGGCAACAGCAGCACCACCACCACAACAACCACAGCCGCAUUCGAUUCAGAAGAUUCCUACGAACAUCGUCCUUUGUAUCCGGUUAUUGUGUACAUACAUGGCGAAUCAUUUGAAUGGAAUAGCGGAAAUGCCUACGAUGGCUCCGUACUGGCCAGUUACGGCGAAGUUAUCGUAGUUACUGUAAACUAUCGUAUUGGAAUUUUAGGCUUCAUGCGACCGAGUAUUAAUGAAAAUACUGUUGCCAACUUUGGUUUGUUGGACCAAAUAGCUGCCCUGCACUGGAUAAAAGAGAACAUACACUCCUUUGGCGGCGAUAAGGACAGUGUCACUUUAAUGGGUCAUUCAACGGGUGCUGCCUGUGUCAACUAUCUGAUGAUCUCGCCCGUUGCUUCAGGUUUAUUCCAUCGUGCCAUUUUGAUGUCCGGCUCGGCCAUGUCUGAUUGGUCAGCGACUAAUCAUUCGUUGCAACUUACCAUGCAAAUCGCCCAUGGCCUUAAUUGUCCCCUUAAUGAUGACAAUGAAGAGAUGUUAUCGUGUUUGCGACAAAAGCGCUAUCAGGACAUUAUGAAGAUACCAACAUCUUUGUCACAAUUUUCAACAUCAUUGGGUCCCAUUGUCGAUGGUCAUGUUAUACCCAAUCAACCCUAUAAAGUAAUGGGCCAAUACACAGAACACUUUAGCCGCUAUGAUUUAUUAUUUGGCAUAACUGAAUCGGAGUCGUAUCAUACACUAGGUGCUGUGGCUCUGGAUGAAGGAUUACGUGAAAAUGAACGCGAUAAUUUAUUGCGUUUCUAUAUGCAAAGCCGUUUUGAUGUUCGACCGGAUCUAGCAUUGGCGGCCACACUCAAGAAAUACAGUGACAUGUACACAAAUCCCAUUAAAGCUACGAAUAUGGAACAUCGUGACGUUGUCUUGGAUAUAUUGUCAGAUGCUCGUGUUGUUGGUCCCUUGCUGCAGACUGGUCUAUUUCAUGCUGAGGUGAAUCGUCAAAAUUAUAUGUACGUGUUCGGGCACAACAGUUUCGGAGGACCUCAUGCCAGUUUACCCCAUAGUAUUGCGGGCGAAGAGUUGGCCUUCGUUUUUGGAGCACCACUGGCAUCAGCUGGCCUUUUCCAUGGUAUUCACUACACGCCUCAAGAGAAACUAUUGGCCGAGGCUGUUAUGUCGUAUUGGUGCAAUUUCGCCAAGACUGGGAAUCCGAAGGCGCCAUGGAAGGAGAGUUUCAUAAAUUUACAUGCACUGGAAUGGGAUCGCUACGAUUUAGAAUGGCCACAGUUUAAUAAACGUUCACAGGCAUACAUGAAUAUUGGAAUACCACCAUCUAUCGGUUAUAAAUAUCGACAAGUCUACAUGCAUUUUUGGAAUAAAGAAUUGCCCGAUGAACUCAAUCAAAUUGCACACAUCCAACAACAGCCAUUUUUGGAGGCCAACUAUGCAAACACAAUGCCAUCACUAACACCACUGCCACCUGCAGGAACCACGGCAAUUUACCCCAAACAUUAUGGUGUAAGUGGUGCUGGUGGUGGUGCUGGCGGUGUUGUCGGCAGUGAAGUAAUAACCGGUCAUAUGAAUAAAUUUGGAGCACGUGAUAAUGGCGCAGAAGAUCCGGUCCGAACGCUGAAGGUGCUAAUGCAAGAACCAAAUUCGUAUCAACGCCACAAGCCAGCAUCAGAGACGGCUGAAAAUAUGUAUAAUGCACCGCCCUCCACAACGUAUGUGGGCAAGGUGAGGCACCGUCCCAUCACAGCGGAGGAAGGCGGCGAGUCACGUAAUUAUGAGUUGAAUUACAAUGGCGGUUAUGGUUUUGUGGCCCGUGCACCCACCACCACUUCGGCAACAAUUUACGGCAUACGCCACUAUGAUACGAGCGGGCAGGGUGCAGCUGUGCCGGGCAGAGCCAGUGAUAAUUUUGAGCAAACUCAAUUUAGUCAUCCCUACACGGGCAUCAGUGGCAAUUACGUAAAUGAAGAUAAUAAAGCCGUCGAUGGCACGGUGGACGAAGAAGACAGCCAAGAGCAUGUGGCCAAAUCGGAAACAACACUGCAGCUACUGAUAGGCCUGAUUAUCAUUUUCAUAAUAUUGAAUGUCGUCAUCUAUUCGACAAUUUUAAUGCAAAAGAAGAAGAAGACCCAGACAAUGCAGCGCAAGUUGGGCACGGGCAUCCUCACGGCAUACGAUGGCACCAACGACGAUGACUUGAAGCGCUCUAAGCCCAGUACCCAUCAGGACGAUGGUGACAGCUAUAUUAUGGAUGCUGUGCGAAAAUCGAAUACCUAUGAAGCCGUAAAAACCGAGAGAUCCUCAAUGAAUGGCUUUAAAAUGACACGGCAAUUAAGUUGCUCGACAGUGGACACACACACCAAGGUGAGCGAAUGGAUGGGUCAAAAUAAGGUGGCAUUGCCACGAAGGACCAGCAGCAACAAAGACUCCAAGAAAUCGUCCUCAUUUUCCUCGAUAGGAGGAGGAAGUGGCUCAUUUGGCAAACAUCCGCUCAAGGUUAGUGUGGCAAUUGAUGCCACCUCUGAGACUCGAGGCAGCAGUGUCAUGGAACAGGAACCCAUUGAGGUGACUAAGAGCAAGGCUAACCGAAUAAUAUGUCAGGAAGUGGAAGUAGAAGAUCAAGAACUGUUAACUCCCCAAGAUUCGCUCGAUAACAGCCGCUACACCUUGAUGCGCCAACACUCCGCCGUUACGGAGACCUGUGACAGCGAGCUUAUUCAGCCCAUGCACUCGCACUCAAGGUCGGACCCAGUUGAUAUGUAUUAUCGCCUGGACCCCGAACAAGAGGAAAAGGUUACCAGUUUCAUGCAAGCCGAUACCGGAAAUGAUCUGGACAUCAAUGUCACCAGCAAAGAUGACAAUGAUGAAUGGCCCCACGAAAGCCUAACACUAGAACAGCAAGUCGAUGUCAUUAAACGACGGAAAUAUCCAAAAGUGUUGCCCACAUUUAUGCAACGAGACCGUGAGACGGAAUCUCCACCCAUGACCAAGGAUUUGUCUACCACAUACAAACGGAAUUCUUUGCCACCCAACUCCUUUUUCCUACACCACACACAACUGCAGCAACUAAAACAGCAACCUCCCUUACCACCACCUCGUACUGUGGCCACAUUGGGAAGGAAACCAUCGCCUGGACGUAGAAAUAGCAACAACAUUACCACUUCACCAGUCAUGCUAGCCCAAGACUGUACCGAAGAGGAAGAAGAACCGAAAAUAACUCAAAACACUUUGAUUGUGGGUUCAUUGAAACCCACCGAGGGCUACUAUUCCACGCUUAAGCGGAAGAACAAGCCUCCGCAAAUAGAGACCAAUACAAGUAAUUUCCAACAAAAGCAAUCAGUAUUUCAAUCAUUUGAGUCAUCGCCCAUCUACGAGACACCUGAACGAGAAGUGACAGCACAUCUGACACAGAAAGUCUAUAACAUACAAGCACCCGCAACUAAUCAACAACAACAGCAGCAGCAGCAACAUCAUCCGUCAUGUUAUGCCUCCGAACCAAGUACACCAGUGACAACUACGUCAUGCAGCUCGCCCGUUUAUGCCCAACCCAAAAAGUCACACAUACCAAGGAUAAUCGGAGCAGCAGCAACAUUGGCGGCCACCACCAGCCAAAUACAUUCCACAAUAGCACAGACAGCCACAUCAGCAGCAGCAGUACCCACGUCGCCCACUACACCGUCAUCCUCAUCAGCAUCGGCCGCAUUAUCAGCAUCAACUAAAGCUGGUGCUACAGAAACAGAUACUACUAAUUGCUGUCAAGUUACACCAAUGCAACUGGAUGACAAUCAAGUGUCAUCCAAGGAAACUUUACAAACACCUGAUGUAGCGGAAAUGGCAACAGUAACAACAGCCACACAGCCAGCCACCGGUGAUAUAUCAACAGAAGAACAACCGACCAUGUCACAAUCACGUAUACCACAAUUACAUAGAAAUGCAAAUGUACCGCCCCUGCACCAUCAGCAUCCACCUCAGCACCAGCAUUACCCACAGUAUCAGUACCAGCACCAGCAACCAAAUCAGCACAAACAGCUUAUCAAUAAGGAUAAAACAAAUGCAAAUAUAAUACCCCAGGCAACAAACAUAUUGACAUCAAUUCCAAACAAAACUUGGGCUCCCAACGUGCAGGCUUCGCAGGCGAAGGAUUCUACAAGUUCUUCUUCGGGUGUUGCGAUGACAAAGACAAGUGCUACGGAUGAAGCUGUCAGAGUCUACGACGAUGUCAAAGUCUUAUCGUCGUAUCCAUCGAACAGGAAACCUGCAUCUGUAACAUCGUCAUGUUCGUCAUCGUCGGCAUCAUCGAUGCAAUCAGAUUCAGCCACAUCAUCAACGUCUUCAUCGACGGGCACAGUGCGCACUGAACUGCAACAGAUGCAACAGCAGCAUCAACACCAAUACCACUAAUCAUCAAUGGAGUCAAGUGAUGACAAAGUG